AUGACCAGCUAUACUCCAUUAACUGAUGUUAUUGUUACAAAACGAAAUAUUGAAAAUUGUUCCUUUUCAAAAUGGUAUCCGUUAUUUAAAGGUCAUACACCAAAGUCAAAAAUUCUAAAACCAGUCCCACAUGAAUUUAUUCAAUAUUUGAAGCAGGAUGGUAUUAAAUUACCAUAUGAUCAAGAGGAGAAAUCUUUCUAUACCAGCAAUAUAGAAAGGAAUGAUGAAAAUGAUUAUAGUGAUUGGGAAGAUUCUGAACUAGUAACAGAUGAAAAUUUAGAAAUAGAGUCGAACUCUAUUAAUCCUCUAGUGCAUUUCAGUGAGUUCCAUUCACAAUUGAAAGAUAUUAUUAGGGAUCUUGGACCAGUGACGCCAAAAUUAAAUUGGUCAGCUCCAAGAGAUGCCACAUGGAUCUUACCCAAUAAUUCAAUGAAAUGUAAUGAAGUUAAUGAAAUAUAUCUUCUUUUAAAUGCUUCAAAUUAUAUUAUGCAUGAUUUAGAACAUGCAUACGAUGAAUGUCAAAAGGAUACAAAUGAUGUGGUAAUACCAGAAACCGAGUUAAUUUUAAGAGAAUGGUUUGAUGUGAACCCAGCCUUAGAAUUCAGAGUAUUUGUUAAAGAUAGAAGAAUUAUUGGUGUCACUCAACGUGAUCUAAACUAUUAUGAUUAUUUGGAAGCAUUAAGUAACACUUUUAAAGAUUUAAUAGACGAAUUCGUAGAAGAUGUUGUAUUGCCAAAAUUUCCUGAUAAAUCGUUUGUCUUAGAUGUAUAUAUUCCUAGACCAUUCAACAAAGUUUAUUUGAUCGAUAUUAAUCCAUUUGCUAGAAAGACUGAUUCCUUGCUAUUUUCUUGGAACGAAUUAAUAACACAUGAUAACACUGUCGUGGAUGAGAGUGGGGAAGAUGCAGCCAGUAGUGAUUAUGAGUUGAGGUUGAUCACAGAAAAUAAUACAGGGCGUUUUGCUAGUAAAGAACAUUCAGAGAAUCAGGUUCCAAGUGAUGUUGUGGAGGCUAGUCUCAAUCCAGGUGCUAUCAGUGAAUUAGUCCAAAAGUGGAAGGAGCUUUUAAACAAACAAGAAGAAGAUAGUGGUGAUGAAUGCAAUGGAGAGAAUGGACAGUAA